AUGACAAAUGGUGUACUGGUGUGCGAUUGUGAGCCCAGCGGGACAAACCCUGCAGCUCUGACCACAUGUGACGUCCUCACUGGCCAGUGCUCGUGCAAGGACAGGGUCAUAGCCAGAAACUGCAGCGAAUGUAUCUCAGGUUACUGGGGGCUCACGGCGGACAAUGCCCUCGGCUGCAAUGAGUGCGCGUGUAACCCCCAGGGUACCAAAGGGAACACCAACAUGUGCGACAAAACAGACGGCAGCUGUGAGUGCAAGGUCAACGUCGCUGGAGACUUGUGUGAGCAGUGCAAGCCUAAUACGUUUAACUUCGACCCCAACAACCCGGAAGGAUGCACUGAGUGCGAGUGUGACCCGGGAGCGUCCGUUUCCGAAACUUGUGAGCUAGUCGGUGGUCAGUGUACGUGUCGCUCAGCCCAGCUGAACGGAAGGGAAUGCAACACCCCAGUAACAGGCUACUAUGUGCCUAAGUUGGACUUCGCAGUGUUCGAACCUGAAACGGCGGCAAAUGGGAAUAAUAUCGUCCUUCGACCUGGAGACGGUGACCUUGGUGCGACUGUCAGUGGGCGUGGCCUCGUUACGUUGUCACCUGCCAAUCAAGUUACCAUGGAUUUUACCUUCAGCCUUCCCUUCACGGGACUGGUGGACGUCGUUGUGAGAUUCGAGAAAACCACAGCAGACAAGAUCGUGUACAUGCUGGGCAAGUUGACCUACACAGGGACCACGGGCUACCAGUGUCAAGGCCAGACGGUGGCAGCCGGCCAGGAGUGGUCACUGCUGUCCACAGAUGAACGGGACAGUGUCCGAGACACAUACUAUUAA